AGGCUCAUCGCGAAGAUAGACCUCUCUAAAGCCUUUCAUGCCGUGUUGCUGAUACACCACCAGCAACCAUACUACAGCUUUCUGGACCCGGCGGGGAACAGUUAUUGCUAUAUCAAGAUGCCUAUGGGCGCCAAGACGGCCCCAAAGCAUUUUGCGCAAGUAAUGAGCUCGGUGUUGAGUCAACUAGAUACGAACGACCAGAUAAAUGUCAGGUCGUAUCAAGACGACAUAGUCAUUUCGGCGAAUUCGAGAACAGAACUGGAUGAACGGUAUGAUAGAAUACGCGAUCAUCUCAGGGCCUACGGGUUUAAGAUAAACCUGGACAAGUCUUCAAGAGCCGAUACCCUAGACGUGCUGGGCUACCGCUUUGAAAGAGACAGAGUCACGAUUCCGAAGGAUAAGGAAAAGGCCAUACGCUCGGCGCUACGAAGUAAUGACAUCAGACGAGUCAUACGAGCUACGCAUCAAUUGGGAUACUACAAG